AAAAAAAGGAGAGGCCUUCGUAGCUCAACAGGAGGAGUUAAAUUGAAAGAUACAGGAGCAUGUAUCAAUCUCGAUCAUGAAGAUGAAGAGCAUAUUGAUGGUGGAAGCAAAAUGAUCGAUGAUGAUACUAACAGAGAUAAAGAUGCUUGUAUUGAAAAAGGAUUGAAAAAGAAAGCUAUCACUAAGAAAAAGAAACCUUCUAACAUUGAGAAUGCUAUACCUUUGUCAACUGUGAUGGAAGGAAAGAAGGGGAAUAAGUCUUCUUCUUCACAUGCUAUUGUUUUGCCAGCUAAGAAGAGAAAGUUGGAUGAAAAUGAAGGUCUUAAAGUGAAGAAAGUGAAGGCAAAUAAGGAUAAGAACAUUGUGAUUCAUAGGCAAGAAUCUGCAAUCAUAGAUAGUGAUGUACAUAUGGUGCAACGAGGAUUUAAAACACGUUGCAGGCCAUUUCAUUUAGUAGAGAUGAUUAAAACUUUUUCAGAUGAUCAAAUCAAGGUUGUUAAAGAAAUUGGCUUUGGAGGUUUGUUAUCUUUGAAGGUUAAAUGGAGGUCUCAUUUUGGUCUUAUGGGUGAGAAUGAUCAGAUUCCUUUGGGUUUUUUGGAAUCUAAGAUCCCUUUACUAGUAGAUGGUGGGGAAGAAUUCAGACAGCUUUUUAUCAUGCAUGCUUUUUCAAGUUUUUUAGCACCUACGUCCAACAGAACUGUGGAUUUGAGAAUUGUAAAAUGUUUGGUUGAUGUUAAUCAAAUAAGAAUUUAUAAUUGGUCAAAAUAUGUCUUAGAUAGACUUUGUGAAGCUGUGAAGAGCUACAAAGAAGGAAAUAUAGAAUGGUUUUGUGGUUGUGUUUUGAUGUUAGAGAUUAUCUAUUUUCAUCGAUUGAGGUUUAGGAAUGUUGUGUUAAAUUCUACAAUACCUUUAAUUCAACAUUGGACUGAUGUGGAUAUAAGAGAUAGAAUUAGAAAUGAAAAGUUGUCCAAGGGUUUUGGGUGUGGAAUUCUUGAGUUUGAUACAUAUCCAGUGAGUGAGAAGUUGCAAUUUGAGGAUGGACAAGUUGUUUGUAAUCAAUUCAAGGAAGCUCCUGUGAAUCAAACUUCUGGAAAAGAAUCUGUUGUUUAUGAAGGUGUCCGUAGCAAUGUUAAGGGUGUUAUUCAGUUUGAGCUACCUGCCAGUUCAAUGUCUAAUGAGGAAAUCCGUUCAAUUGCUAUUGAUGAAGUUUAUGAGAAGUUUUUGCUCAUGAAAAGAGAUUUAGAAGUGGUAUCUAACUUCUACAUGAAUGAGUUGAAAGUGUUAUUUCAGACUCGUAAAUCUAAUGAUGCUUCAACUUCAACACCUCCAAUGUCCCAAACUGAUUUAUUCUUUAUGAAUCCUCGUGUUCAUGAAAUUGUUGAUGAGAUUGUGUCUCUUGUAAAUUGGGUAAGCAAAGUGCCUAAUGGUUUGGAUGAUGAUGAUAUUGAUGAUAAUGGUGCACCUGCAAAAGAGAUUAAUGUUGUAGUUGGUGAGGUUCCAAGGAUAGGUUUUGAGCAUGUUUUGAGUAAUGGAAAAUCUAAAUGCUCCCUUGCUAUGGAUGUUAGUCUCUUUGGUGAUAAAGUUACAUAUGUAACUGAAUAUAUGAAGUCAAGUAAUAAGGAUAUGAAGGUUUUGGAUGCAGUUGUCCAGGAACUUGUUGACUACUGCAUUAGUGAUUAUCAUGGUUUCGAUCUCAAUGAGGUGUUGGUAUCUUUUGGCAAACCAUUUGAGAUUACAAGGAAUGAAUUCCUUUCAUUAGGUGCACCGGCUAUUGCUAUAUCUUCUGUUAUUAUUGAUUGUUGGGCUAUGUUGCUUAAUGAAAACCAGAAGAGUAGUGCACAUGGACCUCAAAAACUAUAUUUUGGUGUUUCUCAAAGUGCUUUUUUACUGAAAGUUGCAAACACAGAUAGUAACACACAAGACAUUGACAAGCUAUUUGACAUUUGGUCAAGAUGGUUGUUCAUUCCUUGCAAUGAUUUUGAUAUUGCAAAUGUUGAGUUGAUAUUUGUUCCUAUACUCUUGAAUGAGCACUUUUUCCUAAUUGUUGUGAAUUUGAAGGAAGAAAAGCUUCAGUUCAUAGAUAAUAUGAGUUAUGAUACAAAGUACAUGAGUGAGGUUGAGAAGUUCUCUGAUGUUCUGAGUGAUAUGCUGAGUACUUUUCUUGAUCAACGCCUUCCUCAAAGUAAUGACUCAGUGAAGAACAUGAUUGAGUAUACUUUGGAGUCACCUUCUGUAAAUUGGAAGUCUGGAAAACAGAAGAAUAAUGAUAGUGGCAUUUAUACUAUGGUCAGCAUGCUUUACUUUGAUGGAGCUGAUGUGUUCGACUGCAAUGUUUUGAAAACGGUUUCAACUAGACGGACAUUGAGAGCUCAGAUUGCUGCUACUCUGGUAUUAUCUGAUAUGAACAUUGUCAGAGAUGAAGUUCUUGAAAAGCUAUCUGAAUUCAGAUUAAUAAGGAGUCAAGUUGCAAAAGAUGUUUUUGAUGGGAUUAAGAAGAAAACAAAGCAAGGUAAAAAGGAAAAGAAAGUAUAGGCAGACUAACGAAUAUGUGGAUGAAGUUUUUUGCUCGAAAGUAUUUGUAUUUUGCACAGAAGUAGGAAAUCUAAUGUAAUGAUGUAGUUUGCAUCAACAAAUGGAUAAUCUGACAAAAUUGUAUAAGUGUUAAUAUAGAACAAUAUGAUAUGAUUCCAGUUCAUACAAAGCUUUUGAAUUGGUGGUAUUGGUAGUUCUUUUGAUAUGUAAUCUUUAAUUGACAUUCAAGAAGUUUAGUGAAAUAUAUAUUAGUUAUAAAUUUGGCGCCUAUGUUAUAAAAAAAUGGUACCUAUGUUAUUUAAAAAGGUUUCUAUAUGAUAAGGUCACUAUGUAUUUAAAAAGGUAUCUAUGUUAUUUAAAAGGUUUCUAUAUUAUAAGGUCACUAUGUAUUUAAAAUGUUAUUAGUUCAAUGUGUUAUAUAUAAUUAAGUUAUAAUGCAAAAUUAUCACCAUAUUCAUUAUUAUAUUUUGUAUACAUAUGUGACAAGUUUUCAAAGGACCUAUGAUAAAUAUGUACCUAAAAAUGUCUAACUUUUUUUUAUCUCUUAAAAAAGAAAAAAAAACUUGAAAAAGGAUAUUAUAUUACUUUUUAUAGUCAUUAUGUAAGUAAAAUGGCAUUAUAUGAGGUAAAAAUUUCCAAUUACUAUGCGAUGCAAAAGGAUCACUAUGAGAUGCAAGAGCGUUACUAUGUGAUAAAAAAGAUUUCUAUAAUAAUCUGUCUCUAUUUAAAUAAAAGGUCACUAUGUAAGGUAAAAGUGUCGUAUUUAUAUUAAUCUAUUCUUAAGCUAUUCAUUUAGUAUAUCAAU